AAUUUUAUUUCUACAUUCAAAGUAAUACGCUUGAAUGCGCCAGCCGUGUCCAUGGAGAGAGGUUGAGGUUGCCGAGCUCCGGCCCGAGGCACUGGGCGCCGGAGUGGCGAAGAUGUCGGCUUCCUUAGUCCGGGCCACUGUCCGGGCUGUGAGCAAGCGGAAGCUGCAGCCCACCCGGGCCGCUCUCACACUGACACCUUCUGCAGUGAACAAGAUAAAACAACUUCUUAAAGAUAAGCCUGAACAUGUAGGCGUGAAAGUCGGUGUUCGAACUAGAGGGUGUAAUGGUCUUUCUUACACCCUAGAAUAUACAAAAACAAAAGGAGAUUCUGAUGAAGAAGUUGUUCAAGACGGAGUGAGAGUAUUCAUUGAAAAGAAAGCACAGCUAACACUUCUGGGAACAGAAAUGGACUAUGUGGAAGACAAGUUAUCCAGUGAGUUUGUCUUUAAUAACCCAAACAUCAAAGGAACUUGUGGCUGUGGGGAAAGCUUUAAUAUCUGAAACCUGAGGACUCCUUUGGCUAUUAGCUCCAGCAACACUCAUGGAUGCCUUGGGGCUUACUGAAGAAAUCAUGUGACUGUCACCUGCUCAAUGUGUGGCUGCCUUGUAAGGAAAAUAAAGUGAUGCAUUUUGAAAAUGAAGCUAGUGUGUUAGAUUCAGGAAGAAGUGAUAUUUGGAUUCUCCGUAGGGGAUAAAAGAUGAAAUGCCAUUUCUCUCUUUGGAUUAUUUUUCUUUUGUGGUAAAGAAAGAAGUCCUACCCUGCACUUAACUCUUUCUUGUACCCUUUUUUUUAGAGUCACUUUUAUUGGAUUUGGCCUUCCUGGGCACCCAUCAGUCUGUUCAUGAAAUGGACUGAAUGGCUUGAAUGUGCAUCUCCCCGCAUUUUUCCCAAUUAAAUUGGUGUCUCCUAAAAUUCAGAAAUAGGAAGUCCUGUCUGCUGGUAGUAGCGUGGUGGUACAUUAUUUUUUCACCCUAUUUUGCAUAACCUGUUUACAUUUUUAUCAAAAAUUUCAUUGUUGGAUGUAAAUUUGCAUGCCCUUUAACAGUACAAAGUAUUUUCUUGAACUAUAGUGAUGGUAGCAAAUACUUGAUCCAUUUGUUUCUAAAUCCAUUUUAUUUGCCACCCUAAAUGUCCACACCAAAUGAGAUCUCAGGCUGACUUUGAUUCUUUUAGUUGAAAAGUCUCUCAAAAGCCAUUUAGCCCAUCCCACUCAGUUCUGUACAUGAGGACACCAGUGGGCUUUUGUCUACCCUCAGGGGUGAGUGGGAACUCCACCACUUUCCCCGUCCUAGUGCCGUCCCCUCUGAGACAGUCUGUUAAGGUAAACGGUGAUCUGGCUUUUUUUUUCUGGUCAACAUACGGAUAGAAUUUCUUUUUAAUUUGAUGAAGAUCAUAUUAGUUUUAUUUUGAGAAGAAUCUUAUUUUAAAACUCUUUUAUGUGAAUUACCAUCUUGUUUCUUUAAACUUUGAAACUGGUUUAUACUACCAGGGAAGACAUUGAGGCAACCCAGAAUUACUGGGAAUGUAGUCAUAAUUGUGAAGAAAAACCUAGGGGUGUUUUCUUAAAAUUCCCAAUAUGCGCACACUUUCUGGUUCCUCAGUCCAAUUGGUGAACUUUUUAAACAAUAUUUUAACCUAACAUUUUUGUCAUCAACAUUUCUUUUGAAAGUGCUCCUUUUGACACUUAAUUAUUGAUUUUCCUGAGUUUGACAUAUUAAAUAUUCUGUGAGAUGACAUGUAUAUUUCUCCUGAAAGCUGAUUCUCACGAAUUUGAGUAGCUGAGUUCUUUUGUUUGUUUUUAUUUACUAAAAUACCUGGCACACAAUGCACCAAAACCUAGAGUGGUAGUUUUAUGUAAAUGCUCAUGACUUUGUAUCAUUAAUAUAAUUGUUGAUCCACUUAUAAUUUGUGCAAUACUGUAUGUAUGUAGAGAGUUAUGAAUAAAAAAAUAAGUGGUCUCUUUGUGAUUAUAAAAUAAAAAAAAAAAAAAAAAA